AUGAAUCAAUAUCGCGUUCCAUCGAACGCCGGUCAAGUUGUCAGUCAUCUCAUCCAAAAUCUUUUGGCCGCCGAUCCUGCAAAACGGCCCACCGUGAAACAGGUGUUGGCCCAUGAGUUUUUCCGUUCUGGUUAUAUGCCAACACGACUUCCAAUUUCCUGCCUUACAAUGGCACCGAAGUUCAAUCGUCAUAGCGAGGUUGGCCUUCUUGCUACCUCCGACAAGCGAGGAGUUCCUGCUGGUGUUCUCAGUCCUAAACAGUUGGUGAAACAAGAUCUGAUGACUGGCCACGCCCGUGCUUUGAAUGCUGUUCCUGAGAACAAGGCCAUGGAUGGAGAACGUGUCGAUAGAGGCUUGGGUGUUGCCAAGGUGCCGGAAGAUGGUUACUUGUCCGAGCUGUACGAACAGAUUUCCUCACUUUGUAAUGCAAGAGUUGCGGACCGAGAAUUGCGAGUGGAAGAUGAAGCUCCUGAAGCUAUGCCUAUAUUCUGGAUUAGUAAAUGGGUUGAUUACUCCGAUAAGUACGGAAUUGGAUAUCAGCUUUGUGAUAAUUCGUCCUUGUUUAAUGAUAGUUCGAAGCUGGUACUCGAUGAGGCUGGCAAUGAACUGACGUAUAUAGAGAAAAACGAGACAGAAAACUAUUACGGUAUAGAGUCUUAUCCCGAUACUUUAGCUAAAAAGGUUACUUUGUUGAAAUAUUUCCGUGCUUAUAUGAACGAGCAUUUAAUAAAAGCAGGAGCCCACGUAGUAAAGAAAGAUGGUGACGAUUUGGCACGUCUUCCGGUUCUUCGGUACUGGUUCCGAACACGGUCUGCAAUAGUAUUGCAUCUAUCUAAUGGAACACUACAGAUUAAUUUCUUUGAAGAUCACACGAAGACGAUCGUUUGUCCUUUGAUGGGAGCGAUUACAUACAUUGAUGAGCACAGAAAUUUCCGUGUCUAUAAGUUAUCACAUCUGCAAAGUCAUGGAUGUACAAAGGCACUCAUGAGUCGUCUGCGAUAUGUGAAGACAAUGGUUGAGCGGAUGAUGUCUAGCAGCAACAGCCGUCCUGGCUCCUUGAGCACUGUGAGGGCGCGAUCGAACAUCGAGCGCUGGUGGGUUCACAAAAUACUCGACCUCAGUUUCGUGUUUAACUGA